AACCUGUUGCGAUUUUGAUCGUUUUGCCCUCACACUCCCUCAAAUUGACUUCGAAAUUUCGAAUAACUUCGAAACUUCGAAAAUAGAGUUGUGAAAUCACUGAGAUUCAAACAAUCGAGAUAUUCGAAUUUUGAUUGCCUGCUCAGAUAAACUCGCUCGCGUAAUUUUUACUCUGUUUGAUUUCUGACGCACGUUUUCCAUAGCGUUUUGCAAUCAAUCGACGCUUUGUGCUUUCUUCGAUGAAUCACUGGUUUCUCAGCCACUGAAGAUCGGUUCUCCGUCUUUGGUGACAAAUGCAACAGUUUUGAUUUAGAUUCCGUGCCGUUCACAACGACUUUGUCGCUGCUGCCGUACCGCUUUCAGUGCUUUCGAAUAAAUUUUAACUUAUUUUCUUGGCAAACGCUCCUGUGCUGCGUGUAGCUUCGCGUGUAAAAAUAAUUUCAAUUUGCGGCUUAUUUAUAUUUAGAACUUUUACGGAAGUGUAAAAGUAUCUUUGAAGUGUGCAUUCUCUGCGAUUUUCUUUCAAAUAAUUUUGCAACGAAAUCAAAAUAUUGAUAAAAUGCAGAAACUUGAGCAAUUAAACAAUUUUAAAUGUCAGAUAUUUUUGUCAGUUCUAACCGUCUUGGUGCAUGGAUCACAGUGCCAGUCGUAUUACUUUAAUUUGGGCCAAAAUCAACAGCACUUCCUGAGUGAGGAAAUUUUCAGUAACAGCAAUCACACAGACAUAUUGAAUUCCAUUUCUGAUUUUAAUGAAGAAGUGUUCGAGGAUAAAAAUCACACAAUUAUCGUUGUCAAAAAUAUUGUACGGAAAAAAACCAACGAACUAUCGCAAACUGCCAUGGACAUCAUCACUAUUGUCUGGUAUGUGGCUACUUUCCUAGCAUUGGCUGCAUUCUUUCUAUUGAUGGCCUGUUCCGAUCGUCGAUGCGCUGAUACGCGCAAUAAUAACGGAAACGUUGCUAAUAAUAAUGAUGCUCCUCGUUCUCCACCUACACCAUCGCCCUCUUAUAGCGAAUUCGCACCGCCUAGUUACGAUACUGUUAUCAAGAUGCAGAAUGAUGUCAAGACAAGCGUUUUCCUGAUACCAUUCUCGUUGGAGACACCAUCUACUAAAGGUGCCGACAGCGUUAUUACCAAUCCUGGUAAUAAUGAUAACAUAAACACUACACACCAACCCCAAACGCCUACCACACCGAUCGUUAAUGUGUACACAGUCAACGAAUUGCAAAAAUUUAGUAGCUAAUAGCAAUUUGACUAUUUCUCAGUACCUAUGAUAUAUACUAUACGUACAUAUUUAUAUAAUUAUAAGUCCAAAUGAAAAAGUCUCAAGUAAAACUGUGAUAUAGUUACUAAUUUUUUAUAUGAUUAUGUUGAUAAAAUGAAUAUUUAAUUUCUUUUUAUGAAACGUUCGAAUCGUGGAAUCGUAGAAUCGUGUGAAUCGUUUGAAUCGUUUCUAAUGAGAUACUUUGAAGACUGACUGAGGAUAUGCCAAGAAUCAUAUAUUGUUAUAAAGUCAUUAAAUUAAUCGAAAUAAUAAUUCGUACCACGAAAUUGUCUAAAAUAUUAUAUAAA